AUGGUACUCUCAUUUAUUCUGGUGCAGAAUCGCCAGGGGAAGACGCGGCUCGCGAAAUGGUAUGCGCCGUAUAGCGAUGAAGAAAAGGUCAAGCUAAAGGGCGAGGUCCAUCGCCUGGUCGCCCCGCGAGACCAGAAAUACCAGUCCAAUUUCGUCGAGUUCAAGAGGAGUACCAAGGUCGUCUACCGGAGAUAUGCGGGGUUAUUCUUCUGCGCCUGCGUCGAUGCAACCGACAACGAAUUGGCCUACCUCGAGGCGAUCCAUUUCUUCGUCGAGGUGUUGGAUCAGUUCUUUGGGAACGUCUGUGAGUUGGACUUGGUGUUCAACUUCUACAAGGUAUACGCCAUUCUGGACGAGGUGUUCCUUGCAGGUGAAAUUGAAGAAACAAGCAAGCAAGUCGUAUUGACAAGGUUGGAACACUUGGAUAAGCUGGAAUGA